AUGGCAACACCCCCUUCAAAACCCAUUGCGAAAUCACGCAUUCGUGAAGCAGAACCCAAAGAUAUCGAUGCCAUCAGAAUUGGCAUGAUUGCCUCCCUAACCUCUGAUCCAACAUGGCGAUAUCGAUACAUCAAUCGUGAUAAACACCCCGAAGAUCUAUACAAGUAUUCUCGUCUCUACAUUGAACUCAUGGUUUCUGGAAAGUACCCAGACUACCUAACUAUGAUUGUGGAAGUUGAAGAAGAUUCGGUUUGGAAAGUCGCUGCUUUGUCUAUAUGGGAUGCUUCAUAUGUGAAUAGACGGAUACAUAAAGCAAAAGGAGAAACAUACAAUCCUCCAACGCCGGGAGAAGCAAUGGAAGCAGCUGGUGCAAACACCCGGAGAGACAUAGAUCCCAGUUAUGAGGCAGCUUUUAUAAAAGCUAUUGGUGAUACCCGAAAGGAAUUUACUGAGAUGUUCCAUGGCGAUGAAUUUUAUGUCAACUUGAUAGGCACUCAUCCAGACUUUCGGCGUCGAGGUUAUGCUACUCAGCUCUUGAAAUGGGGCAUUGAGAGGUCGAUACGUGAUAAUGCGCCUGUGGUUUUGGCGGCAAGUUCAAUGGGGGAGCCAACGUAUCUUGCUUCUGGAUUUGAGGAAUUAGGAAGGGUUCCCAUAGUUGCUGAGGGAGACUAUGAGAAACAGGAGUUCGUAAAGAUGGUUUAUAGGCCUAGAAAAUGA